AUGCUCUUCUUGCUCUCGUGCCAGCCGGCGCAAGGCUUGCACGAGGCGACGCUUCUCCUCGGCCUGCUCUCUCUCGAGGCGGUGCUCGAGGCGGAGGCGACGCGCACUCUUCUCGCCACGGCCGACGCGGGCGGGAUGCCCAUUUGGCGCGUGUACGGCGGGAGGACCCUUGCCGCAGGCUUGCUGCACCGGCUGCUUGCCCACCGCGCGAGCAGCGGGGUCGGCCUGCCCGCCGUCGAGUGGGGCAGCCUGGUUGUGCGCGUCUUCGACCUCGCGCGCUGCCUCGCCACGCACCCGCACCUCGCUUCCUCGCCGUCGGGCGCCGAGCUCGCAGCGAGGCUGCUCGGCUUGCUGCACCACCUCCUCCUCUGCAGCGAGCCGCUCCCGCCCGCCGUCAGCGACGCCGUCGCAGCCGAGCUCCCGCCCUUUUGCGCCGCGGGCGGAGCUGCUGUCGCCGCGAAAGCCCGCCGCAGCCUAGCCCGGGUGCUGGCGGGCGCGGCGCUCUCCGGCUCUCCAUCUCACUCCGUUCGGAACUUUUGGCGGCAAACAUGUGCCGCAGUCGCGUGA